AGAGAGAGAGAGAGGGGGGAGCCCACCUCCUUCUCAGUUGGCUUUCUAGGAAACAUGUUGAGGAAGGGUUUCUAGGGGGAGAGAGAGAGUUAAAGAAAAAGAUAAAAAGAAGCUCAUCAGUACUACUAGCUCAGAGAGAGAGAGAGAGAGAAGAAGAAGAAGAAAAGAAGAAGAGAAGAAAAGAAGAAGAGAAGAAAAGGGAAUGGAUGGAUAUGGAUCCACAAGCAGAAGCAGAAGCUCCCUCUCCAUCUGUUUCUAUUUCUGAUCAGAAGUAACCAACUUUUUCUUCAUAAAAAGCCAAACGAGUGACAGUGGAAGCAGCAGCAGCAGCAACGGAACCACCAGUGGCAGCACCACCACUAUUCCAAUUACAUAUAUAAAGUCACACACAACCAACACAAGUCUCCUAGCAAUAGCUUUAUUCUCACGUCGAUCCAACAACCUUCUGUUGCGCCAAUUCUGAUCAAGUUUCAGACACCAACUUUUUCAUACAAACACAUAACACCCACACAUAGUUUUUCUCCCUUCUCUCAACUCUCAUCCUCUAAUAUAUAUGUGUGUGUGUGUGUGUGAGAGUGUGAGUUCAGAAGAAGAAAGAAGAAGAGAAUAUAAAAUUUGAGAAAACUGCGUAGGUUUUGAGCUAGCUUAAUUUAUUCAGUAGUUGUGGCUACUACAAGGAGGCUGCCUUCCGAUUCGGGUGCUUUUGCAGAUUGGGUGGGUUCAUCUUCUUCCAACAACGCCGCAGCCACAGGACGAUCCACAACCCACCAUCCCGACAUCGACGUCCUCUCUCUCGGCUUCAAUGCUGGCCCCGCCCCCGCUGGACCCUCCUCAGCCACCCCCUCCACCAUGUCCAUGUGGUCCUCCCCCCCUUCCAGCAGACCCCUCACCUACGGCCACGUCCCUCCGGAAAUGGCGGGCAUGGUCGGCCUUCGCGAUGUCUUCGUCGUUGCCCCAGCCGCCGCCUACCACCACAACACACAUCUCCACCACCACUACGGCCACGACCCCAAUCUCCUCUCAUCCUCCGACCAUCACCACUCCAUCAAUGCCUCCAACAACCCUGCAACCGCUCUCGGCGUCGGAGUCAUUCCUCUUCUCACGGCCGCCCCUUGCCUCGCCCCACCCAAUAUGUCAAAUGUCGAUGAUGAUGACGAAGAUACUCACACUCCUGCGGGUAUGAGUAUGGGCAUGGGAAUGAGUAUGGGUAUGGGUAUGAUGAGUGGCGGCCAUCAGCGCAACAACAGAAGCUCCUCGGCAGCAGCAGCAGGAGGAGGGGGAGGGAUUCAAUUGUGGCAGCAGAACCCGCCACAUUUUUUCAAGAAAACUCAUCAUGAAGCCGCCGUUACUACUGAUCUAGGCGUGGCCCACUUAAACCAAGGUGGGGGUGGGGGAGGGAAUAACGUUAUAAACGCGGGGUCUGCUGCCGCCUCGUCGGGGUCGUCCACGAUGACGUGUCAAGACUGCGGGAACCAGGCCAAGAAGGAUUGCACGCACCGGCGGUGCAGGACGUGCUGCAAGAGCCGGGGUUUCGACUGUGCGACUCACGUGAAGAGCACGUGGGUGCCGGCGGCUCGGCGCAGGGAGCGGCAGCUGAUGUCUGCAGCGGCUGGCGGUGGGGCUGGGUCUAAUUCUGGGUCUACUUCUAGUGCCAAGAAGCCUAGACUCAUUGGCGCCUCUCAAACCACAACUUCUCACACUUCCACUUCCAACACUACACCCCCCAGAAGCUACGACACCAGCUCUAGUCACCAAGAUGCUGGUUUCAAAGAUCCAUUGCCGGGACAAGUACGUGCGCCGGCGGUUUUCAAGUGUGUAAGAGUGACCGCGGUGGAGGACGGCGAGGAUGAAUACGCAUACCAGGCUGUUGUCAAAAUUAACGGUCAUGUGUUCAAAGGCUUCUUGUAUGAUCAAGGAGUUGAUGGGAGAGACGGGUUUCCUAACAUCUCUGAAUUGCAUUUGGGGGGUGGUGGCAAUGGCAGAAGAAAUGGGGCUUCUUCUCCGAUCCUUGACCCGUCGGAUGUUUAUGCUGCGUCUGGUGCAGGAUUGCUGGGAGGUUCAAACUUUGGUAAUCCAAUAAAUUGACGAUAUCUUCUUCCCAACUCUGUGGACUUAAAUAAUUAGGUACCCCUACCCCUUAUGGUGUUGAAGGGACAACAUUGUACUUGUCUGAUUUUUCUUCCUACUAAUUAAUGAUUAAUUAAUUAAAACUAAAAUCUUA